AUGCCGGUCGUCGGUCGAGUGAUCUACAGGGCUAGUCAAUUGUGAUCCAAUCGGAACGAUGAGCUUGACCGGCUUGACCCCACUCUUCCGGGCCCGACUCAGUGUUCUGGGCCAUCCAAAUUGCAACCAAUUCAACGCUGAAGAUGUGAGCCAAUAUCGCCAUGUGGUGGCCUGGCUGGAGGACCAAAAGAUCCGUUUCUACCCCAUCCAGGAUCGAGAUCCUCUCCGAAGGGUUCAGGCCCCAGAUUGGGACUCGCAUUGCCAAACCUAUGUGGAACGGAUGCAAUGUCCGGCUUCGUUGGCCCGGAGGAACGCCCAAACUCGUCUCAUGUGGCUCUUGAAUCGGGCGGUUCAACUCCAAUAUGCCCAGAACAAUCCACCCCACCAACAUGACAAGGAAGAAAUCAACGGGGCAGAGGCCAAGUCUACUAACCCAUUAUCCGGGAUUGAUGUGAAAGGCGAUGAAUUCAAAUCGCAAGUAGCUCAACUGGCCAAGGAGUUAAAGGUCACACCUCACCCGGAUCCAGUGAUCACUUUCGAGGCCUGCUGUAUCGUUAUCAAGGCUCUCGUCGAUAAACGUGAUAAUGAGUCUCCAUCCAAGUCAAAAGAAAAGGUUCAACGUCUAGAUCUGAAUGCGCACAAUUUUGGCGUGUCCCAGGAGCUUCAAAAAGAGCCUGGAUUGUGUCGAGCCUUGAAAGUGUUGAGAUUACUCAAUCUAAAAGAUCUUCGAGGACUCCAAGACGAAGUCAACAACACCAUAGAGCAAAUUCAAGCGCUCACAGCCAAUCCCAAAACCGAUACCCGGCUAGGCCAAGUGGGCCGAUAAUGUUCCUUCAAGUCGAAAUCGAAAAUUAAAAAUUGUGCUAGA